CUUGGGAAAGAGAUCUGAUCAUCUUGUGCCAAUUUGUUUCCAUGGCUUCAUACUAGUUUUUGAUGAUGGUGAUGAGAGGACCUUGAGACGAACUUCAUUAUGCUUGAAGGGAGAAAGGCACUUUGCAGAAAGUGAGACACUUGAUCAACUGCCACUAACCAAUCCAGAGCACUUUGGAACUCCAGUUAUUGGGAAAAAAUCUAAUAGAGGAAGAAGAUCUUCUCUUCCUGUUACUGAAGAUGAAAAGGAAGAAGAAAGUAGUGAAGAAGAGGAUGAAGAUAAAAGGCGUCUCAAUGAUGAAUUGCUUGGCAAAGUUGUGAGUGUGACUUGUAGUUCUGAGAAGGCCGAUUGGUAUCCAGCUUUGGUUGUAUCUCCCAGCUGUAAUGAUGACGUCACAGUGAAAAAGGACCAGUGUUUAGUUCGAUCCUUUGCAGAUUCCAAAUUUUACUCCGUAGCAAGAAAAGACAUUAAAGAACUAGAUGUUCAAAACUUACCAAAAUCUGAGUCCUCUCCUAAAAAAGGGCUACAGGAGGCAAGCACGUUUCUCAGCACAAAGGUUGUUCCUCGGAACUGGAAAAUGGAUAUAAGUGAAAUCGUAGAGUCCUCGAGCAGUGAUGAGGAAGAUGGAGCUGCCGCAGGAACUGAUGAAGAGGAAUUAAAAAAGGAGGAGAAAACUGAAGAAGUAGUG